UUCAUCUUCCGCGAUCAACGGCAAAACAAAAAGUCUCAUCUCUCUCCCCAAUUAUCCAAUGGUCGACAUGACAUGAUCGCCAUUUGCGGCCGCCCAUGUUCCAGCCAAUAAACUAAACGCAAGAGACCUCUAACCUUCAUCUUUGACAUCCACGUAUUCCUCACCUUCCAAAUAUAUUUAUAUUUAUAUUGAUCUGAAUAAAUAGUUUUCAAAAUAUUUUUAUACGAAAUUAUGGAGUAUAAUCUGUAUUUUGAUGCGACAGCCACGAUUCACCGUAAAAGAAAGACAAAGUCAGUUGUCUUCUUCACUGUUGACUCUGAAUCAGAAGCACAACUAUUGGUACCUCAGUAUAUGCUCUGAUAUAUACACAGAAAGCUGUAUAUACCGAUCGCUGAGAAGUGUGGUGAGAAAAUUCGUUAGUUGCAGAGGCGGUGGAGGAGAGAGAAAAUUAGUAACGGAGAGUACGUUGAAGAAGGAGAUGGGGGACGGUGCAGAGGCGGUGGUGGACGUCGACUCCAAGUCAACGGUCAGUGGUGGAGUUGUGGACGUGUACGGUGAGGAUCGUGCCACCGAGGACCAGCUUGUGACUCCCUGGACUGUUUCCGUCGCUAGUGGGUAUAGUUUGUUGAGAGACCCACACCAUAACAAGGGACUGGCAUUCACUGAUAAGGAGAGAGAUGCUCAUUACUUGAGUGGCCUUCUGCCCCCGGCAGUUAUUAAUCAGGAGCUUCAGGAGAAGAAAUUCAUGCAAGGCAUUCGGGAAUAUCAACUUCCAAUUCACAAGUACAUGGCUAUGAUGGAACUGGAGGAGAGGAAUGAGAGGCUGUUCUAUAAGCUUCUUAUUGAUAAUGUUGAAGAACUCCUACCAGUUGUCUACACUCCGACUGUUGGUGAGGCUUGCCAGAAAUAUGGAAGCAUUUUUAGGCGUCCUCAGGGUAUCUACAUCAGUUUGAAAGAGAAGGGGAAGAUUCUCGAGGUACUGAAGAACUGGCCUGAUAGAAAUAUUCAAGUUAUUGUUGUGACUGACGGUGAGCGAAUUCUGGGACUUGGGGACCUUGGUUGCCAGGGGAUGGGGAUACCUGUAGGGAAACUGGCUUUGUAUACUGCCCUUGGAGGAGUUAGACCUUCAGCGUGUUUGCCUAUAACUAUCGAUGUGGGGACAAACAAUGAGCAGUUGUUGAAGGAUGAAUUCUACAUAGGGCUCAAACAAAGGAGGACGACUGGGAAGGAAUAUCAUGACUUUCUACAUGAAUUCAUGACUGCUGUUAAGCAAAACUAUGGUGAAAAAGUUCUUGUACAGUUUGAAGAUUUUGCAAAUCACAAUGCUUUUGAGCUACUGGCGAAAUAUCGCACUACUCAUCUGGUCUUCAAUGAUGAUAUACAGGGUACAGCAGCUGUGGUUCUUGCAGGGCUUGUUGCAGGACUAAGGUUACUUGGUGGUACUUUGGCUGACCACACAUUCUUAUUCCUUGGUGCUGGGGAAGCUGGGACUGGUAUAGCAGAGCUUAUAGCUCUUGAGAUGUCAAAACAGUCAAAAACUCCUGUGGAGGAGAACCGUAAGAAGAUAUGGCUUGUGGACUCAAAGGGAUUAAUUGUUAAUGCUCGUAAGGAAUCCCUACAACACUUCAAGAAACCUUGGGCUCAUGAACAUGAACCUGUUACUAAUCUUUUAGAUGCUGUCAAGGCCAUCAAGCCAACAGUUUUAAUUGGAACAUCUGGAGUGGGAAAGACAUUUACAAAGGAAGUGAUUGAAGCCGUGGCCUCCUUCAAUGAGAAACCUCUUAUUAUGGCUCUCUCCAACCCUACCUCACAAUCCGAGUGCACUGCUGAAGAAGCUUAUACCUGGACGGAGGGUCGUGCAAUUUUUGCCAGUGGAAGUCCAUUUGACCCUGUAGAGUACAAUGGGAAAGUUUACAUAGCCGGCCAGGCAAACAAUGCUUACAUUUUCCCUGGGUUUGGCUUUGGCUUGGUCAUCUCUGGUGCGAUUCGUGUCCAUGACGAAAUGCUUCUCGCAGCGUCGGAAGCUUUGGCUGGUCAAGUAACAGAGGAGCAUUUAGCUAAGGGGGUGAUUUACCCUUCAUUCACCAAAAUCAGAAAGAUCUCUGCUCACAUUGCUGCUAAGGUAGCUGGUAAAGCAUAUGAACUUGGUGUGGCGACACAUCUCCCUCGACCUGAGAAUCUGGUGAAGUACGCUGAAAGUUGUAUGUACACUCCUACUUAUCGGACAUACCGUUGAAUUGUGUCACUACUAACUACAGCUUAUAAUUUUUGUACUUUAUGUUAAAGGCCUGUUGUUGUUAUGGUGUGCCUUCAUUGUAUGUUAUUAAGCUUUGGCUGGCUUUUGUGAGUUGUAAUUUCAAAAUCAAUCUUGAUCUUAACGAGUCCGGACAUAUGAAGUCCAGAUGGACUCGAAUUGUCUGAUUUCAUAAGUGUCUUUUUGUGUUUUCGGGAAAACACACAUUCAAGGAUUUCGGCGUUUUAGUAAUGGAUGUAAAAUUAUACAAGUGUGUAAUUUUAGUAUGAGUGUCUUUUUUAUUAAUCAUCAUGAUAUUAUCCUAUGCUCUAAUCAACUCUCUACAUGCGACUGUUGGUGUGG